AUGGAUGCUGAUUUACGAAAAACUUUGGUCCAAGUCUUGAUCCUACUUCGAAAUCGUGAUCUAAUCCCCUCAACUGCACUACUAUCACUGUGUUUUACACUAUUUCGUGUAAAGGACAAGCAGCUGCGAACACUCUUGCAUUCUCAUAUCGUCAAUGACAUCAAAAGUCAGAAUGUUAAAGGAAAGAACAAUAAACUCAACAAGUACCUGCAGAAUUUCAUGUACACCAUGCUCAAGGAUCCUUCAGAUAUUGCUGCUAAAAAGUCACUAGAAGCUAUGAUUGACUUGUACAAGAAGAAUGUCUGGAAUGACGCUAAAACUGUAAAUAUCAUUGCCGAAGCAUGUCUGUCUACAUCACCCAAGAUUGUGGCUACUGCCGUCAACUUUUUCUUGUCGGUGAACGAAAAGUCGGGUGAAGACUCGGAUGGUGAAGAGGAUCAGGGACCUGAUGUUGGUGCUAUGAAGCACACUCUUCACAUCAACAAGAAGAAACGGUCAAGAAGAACACAGAUUGAUCGUGCUGUUGCCUCAGUCAAAAGAAAAGCAAGAGCAAAGAACCGAGCAGAGAGCUUUAACUUUUCUGCAAUUCAUUUGCUGAAUGACCCUCAAGGCUUUGCUGAAAAGUUGUUUGCUCGCCUGAAAUUAGCUACAAACACCUCAGCUCUCCGUUUCGAGCUCCGUCUUUCCAUCAUGGAUUUAAUCAGUCGUCUAGUCGGAAUCCACAAACUCAUCCUCCUCCCCUUCUACGACUACUUUGUCCCAUAUCUCCGCCCACAACAGCGUGAAGCCACAAAGAUACUCGCAUACGCCGCGCAAGCAUGUCACGACAUCGUGCCUCCCGAAGCUGGCAGUCUGCUCGUAGACGCCAUCGCAAACCAUUUUGUGUGGAAUAAUGUCGCUAGUGAAGUAGUCGUUGCUGGCAUGAAUGCUUUACGAGAAGUCUGCUCAAGGUGUCCUUUAGCUAUGAGUGAGACGUUACUGCACAGUCUAGUAGACGAUUACAAAAAUCAUCGUGAGAAGGGACCUAUGAUGGCAGCACGUUCCUUGAUUGGAUUGUAUCGUGAAAUCAAUCCUGAAAUGCUGAGAAAGAAGGAUCGUGGCAAGUCUGUGUCUUUGACCUUACAAGAGCAGAGGAGGAAGGGCUUUGCUACCUCCAAGAUGGUGUAUGGGCAAGUUAAAGUCUCGUCGGAUGUAGAAGGCAUCGAGUUGCUCGAGGAGAAAGAAGAAGAUAUCGAAGAACAAUCUCUGCUGGAAGAUGGCUUUGAAGGAUGGAUUGAAGAGGACGACCAGUCAUCCGAUGAAGAAGAUGGCAAUGAAUCUGAUGCUGAAGAAGUAGUCGUUGAAGACGAUGGGGAAGAAGAGGGCGAAUGGGAGGAGAUAGAAGACGAUGAUGACAUCGAAGAAGUCGAUGGCGAGGAUAUGGAAGGUGACAUUGACGAAGCCGUCGAUGAUAGCGACGCAGAAGACGAAGAAGUAGAGAGUGAUGCUGCUGAAGAAGAUUCAGCCAUGUUACCUGCUGAUAAGGUUACUGUUACGGAAGAUGGCGUUCCAGUAGCUGCCAAAGUUAUCGCCGGUACCCAGAAGGUCCUGACGGAAGAAGACUUUGCUCUUAUCCGAGCCCGCAAACAAGGUCGUGAUGUAGAGAAAAUUACUGGUGUCAAUCCAAAUCAGAAGAAGAGAAAGAGACUGAUUCAAGAAGAGGAGGAACAAGAAGAUAGUGACGAAGAGGGUAUCACUGAUGUAGUGAAUGAAUCCACCAUUACAUCUGGUAUUAAACGAAAGGACGAUUACGAUGCUCGUAUGGCUAGUAUCCAAGCUGGUCGUGAAGGCAACUCGUAUGGGUCGAAGAGAAACAAGACGGAGAGAUCUAGUCUUACGAACAAGGUCAAGGCAAAGAAGUCUAAGGCAUUUAUGAUGAUGAUUCAUAAACGCGAUGUCAAGAAUAAGGCCAAGAGAUCGUUGAGAGAGAAGAGGCGUGUACUUACAAAUCACGUCAAGCGCCAAAAGAAGGCUAAACGAUAA